CAACAACCACAAUCACAGAAAAAACCCACCUCAACCACAGUGAAGGAACAAACUACUGCUGCCACAACAACUGAAGAACCCAGCACCCCAGUAAAAACCACAGAAAAGCCUAUCACAACAACCACCAUUAUCACAAUCACAGAAAGUCCCACCACAACAACCACAAUCACAGAAAAACCCACCACAAUCACAGAAAAGGAACACACUACUGCUGCCACAACAACUGAAGAACCCAUCACCCCAGUAAAAACCACCGAAAAACCCACCACAACAACCAUAAUCACAGAAAAACCCACCACAACCACAGAAAAGGAACACACUACUGCUGCCACAACAACUGAAGAACCCAUCACCCCAGUAAAAACCACAGAAAAACCCACCACAACAACCACAAUCACAGAAAAACCCACCUCAACCACAGUGAAGGAACAAACUACUGCUGCCACAACAACUGAAGAACCCAGCACCCCAGUAAAAACCACAGAAAAGCCUAUCACAACAACCACCAUUAUCACAAUCACAGAAAGCCCCACCACAACAACCACAAUCACAGAAAAACCCAUCUCAACCACAGAAAAGGAACAAACUACUGCUGCCAAAACAACUGAAGGACCCAGCACCCCAGUAAAAACCACAGAAAAGCUUACCACAAAAACAACUGAAACUCCAACAAAAACACCCACAAUCACAGUAGAAUCCACAACAACCACAGAAAGGCCCACCACCCCAGGAACAACAGGCACUACUGCUGCAACAACCACAAGAAAACCUACCACAACAUCCACUGAUUGCUAUGUUUGUAAGUGGUCAGAUUGGACGAACAAUAAUUAUCCUGAUUACACCAAUGGUGGAGAUUAUGAACCCAUUGAUAAAAUUACUAAUCCAGAUCUGAGUUUUUGUAGAAAACAUCUGGAAAUAGAAUGUCGAGCAAAACACUACCCUGAUAUUUCUUUGAAAGACCUAGGUCAAAAAGUAAAAUGCAACCCACAAGAUGGACUGAUCUGUAUUAACAAAGAACAAGGUAUACCUCCUGUGUGUAAUGACUAUGAAAUACGAGUGAAAUGCUGCAUUAACACAUGUGAGCAUUCCACCACAGCAACAACCAAAGGAAGGUCCACUACAACCUCAGCAACAUCCACAGAAAAGCCCACCACAACAACCAUAAGUACAGAAAUAUUUGACACAACCACGGAGAAGGAACAAACUACUGCUGCCACAACAACUGAAACACCCAGCACCUCAGUAAAAACCACAGAAAAGCUUACCACAAAAACAACUGAAACACCCAUUACCACAAAAGAAUCCGCAACAACCACAGAAAACCCCAUUACUACUGCUGUUACAACAACUAAAAAACCCACCACAACAACCUCUGAAGUAGUUACAAAUGCAUUGGUUACAACAGCACAAUCAACACAACCCUUGGUUAUAAUUACAACUACAACAGCCACAGAAAAACCCACAACAACCACAAUCACAGAAAGUCCCACCACAACAACCACAAUCACAGAAAAACCCACCACAAUCACAGAAAAGGAACACACUACUGCUGCCACAACAACUGAAGAACCCAUCACCCCAGUAAAAAACACCGAAAAACCCACCACAACAACCAUAAUCACAGAAAAACCCACCACAACCACAGAAAAGGAACACACUACUGCUGCCACAACAACUGAAGAACCCAUCACCCCAGUAAAAACCACAGAAAAACCCACCACAACAACCACAAUCACAGAAAAACCCACCUCAACCACAGUGAAGGAACAAACUACUGCUGCCACAACAACUGAAGAACCCAGCACCCCAGUAAAAACCACAGAAAAGCCUAUCACAACAACCACCAUUAUCACAAUCACAGAAAGCCCCACCACAACAACCACAAUCACAGAAAAACCCAUCUCAACCACAGAAAAGGAACAAACUACUGCUGCCAAAACAACUGAAGGACCCAGCACCCCAGUAAAAACCACAGAAAAGCUUACCACAAAAACAACUGAAACUCCAACAAAAACACCCACAAUCACAGUAGAAUCCACAACAACCACAGAAAGGCCCACCACCCCAGGAACAACAGGCACUACUGCUGCAACAACCACAAGAAAACCUACCACAACAUCCACUGAUUGCUAUGUUUGUAAGUGGUCAGAUUGGACGAACAAUAAUUAUCCUGAUUACACCAAUGGUGGAGAUUAUGAACCCAUUGAUAAAAUUACUAAUCCAGAUCUGAGUUUUUGUAGAAAACAUCUGGAAAUAGAAUGUCGAGCAAAACACUACCCUGAUAUUUCUUUGAAAGACCUAGGUCAAAAAGUAAAAUGCAACCCACAAGAUGGACUGAUCUGUAUUAACAAAGAACAAGGUAUACCUCCUGUGUGUAAUGACUAUGAAAUACGAGUGAAAUGCUGCAUUAACACAUGUGAGCAUUCCACCACAGCAACAACCAAAGGAAGGUCCACUACAACCUCAGCAACAUCCACAGAAAAGCCCACCACAACAACCAUAAGUACAGAAAUAUUUGACACAACCACGGAGAAGGAACAAACUACUGCUGCCACAACAACUGAAGAACCCAGCACCUCAGUAAAAACCACAGAAAAGCUUACCACAAAAACAACUGAAACACCCAUUACCACAAAAGAAUCCGCAACAACCACAGAAAACCCCAUUACUACUGCUGUUACAACAACUAAAAAACCCACCACAACAACCUCUGAAGUAGUUACAAAUGCAUUGGUUACAACAGCACAAUCAACACAACCCUUGGUUAUAAUUACAACUACAACAGCCACAGAAAAACCCACAACAACCACAAUCACAGAAAGUCCCACCACAACAACCACAAUCACAGAAAAACCCACCACAAUCACAGAAAAGGAACACACUACUGCUGCCACAACAACUGAAGAACCCAUCACCCCAGUAAAAACCACCGAAAAACCCACCACAACAACCAUAAUCACAGAAAAACCCACCACAACCACAGAAAAGGAACACACUACUGCUGCCACAACAACUGAAGAACCCAUCACCCCAGUAAAAACCACAGAAAAACCCACCACAACAACCAUAAUCACAGAAAAACCCACCACAACCACAGAAAAGGAACACACUACUGCUGCCACAACAACUGAAGAACCCAUCACCCCAGUAAAAACCACAGAAAGCCCCACCACAACAACCACAAUCACAGAAAAACCCACCACAACCACAGAGAAGGAACAAACUACUGCUGCCACAACAACUGAAGAACCCAGCACCCCAGUAAAAACCACAGAAAAGCCUAUCACAACAACCACCAUUAUCACAAUCACAGAAAGCCCCACCACAACAACCACAAUCACAGAAAAACCCACCACAACCACAGAAAAGGAACAAACUACUGCUGCUACAACAACUGAAGGACCCAGCACCCCAGUAAAAACCACAGAAAAGCCUAUCACAACAACCACCAUUAUCACAAUCACAGAAAGCCCCACCACAACAACCACAAUCACAGAAAAACCCACCACAACCACAGAAAAGGAACAAACUACUGCUGCCACAACAACUGAAGGACCCAGCACCCCAGUAAAAACCACAGAAAAGCCUAUCACAACAACCACCAUUAUCACAGAAAAACCCACCACAAUAUACACAGAAAAGCCCAGCACUACUGCUGCUAUAAUUACAACUACAACAGCCACAGAAAAACCCACCACAGAAAAGCCCAGCACCAAAGCUGGCACAACCACAGAAAAACCGACAGUAUCAGAAAAAUCCACCACAGCAUUAACAGAAAAGUCCACUAUUGAAACUCCAAGUGUAACACCUUCAACUCCUCAGUCAUCAACACCAGGCAGAACAACUUUAUGUUUCUGCAAGUACAUGGAUCAGCUUUUUCCUCCUGGUAGCUUCAUGUACAAUAAGACUGAUGGAGAAGGAUGGUGUUUCACUGCAUAUUGCAAUUUGACAUGCAAUGUUGAGAAACUUGCUAGACCAUGUCCAUCUACUACUCCACCAACGCCUACCACCACCACCACAGUGAAGCCUCCCACAGACUGUUCAUAUCUCAAGCCACCUAGAAAGGAUGGUGAGUCCUGGAGUUCAAGCGACUGCUACACAGAAAAAUGUGACAAUGGAAGAGUAAUAACAGAACAUGUGCAUUGUGAACCAGUGACCAUGCCUGAAUGUGAAAAUGGGCAUCCACCAGUCAGGGUUUACGAUGAAGGAGGCUGCUGUUUCCACUAUGACUGUAGAUGUGUUUGCGCCGGCUGGGGAGAUCCUCAUUAUGUGACAUUUGAUGGCCAGUAUUACAGCUUCCAGAAAAACUGCACAUAUGUCCUCGUCAAAGAGAUCAUUCCUCGACACAAUUUUAAGAUUCUUAUCGACAAUGAAAACUGUAAUCCCUCUGGAACUGUGACCUGUGCUAAAGCCUUGAUCGUGUAUUACAAAAACUAUGAAGUUAUUCUUACACAGGAGAGAAACCCAAGGACCGUGAACAAGGUGUUCAUCAACGGCAAGCAGGAAUUCCCAACCUACUCUAAUGAUGACUUCAUCAUAACAAGUACAGCCAUUGAGCUGCUUUUGAGAAUCCCGGCAAUUGAAGCAGUUGUGAUAUUCAAAGGGCUGUUAUUCAGCGUUGACUUGCCGUUUUCCCUUUUCCACAACAACACAGAGGGACAGUGUGGUACCUGUGACAAUAACAGGAAAAAUGACUGUAGAUUACCAAAUGGCCAGAUUCAUCCCGAUUGCUCUCAGAUGGGAAAGUGGCAUGUGCCAGAUAAGAAUAAGCCAUAUUGUGAGAAUCCACAACCUCCACCACCAACACCAAAACCAACACAAACACCCUGCAAACCUGAUAUUUGUGAAAUUCUGAAGAGCAAGGUGUUUGAGGAAUGCCACAAAGUCAUCUCACCACUACCGUUCUAUAAGAGCUGUAUAUUUGAUGUUUGCCAUAUGGAAAAUGCCACCAUCGGUUGUUCCAGUAUGGAGAUGUACGCCAUGAUGUGUGCUGAAGCAUCCGUCUGCAUACCCUGGAGGAAGGCUACAAACGGACAGUGUGAAUAUACAUGUCCACAAAAUAUGAUCUACAAACCUUGUGGAUCAACUGUUGUACCAACUUGCAAUGCAAGAUACAAUGAGAAGAAUGAAAAACAAUGCCAGGGAAAAAAUGGCAGAACAAUCCAAGCUUGUAGUGGUGUCGUGGAGGGAUGUUUCUGCCCAGAGGGGAUGACUCUGUUCAGUUCAAAACAGGACAUCUGUGUCUCAUCCUGUUGCACUGGACCUGCUGGCGAACCUAAGCCGUUUGGUGAGACUUGGCAGAUUGGCUGUAAGCAGUGUGCUUGUGAUGCGGACACUAUGAGUGUUCAGUGUGAGCCUCUCGCAUGUCCCUCUCAAAAACCAAUAACCUGUACUAAGGAAGGUGAGGUGUUGGUGGAGCGCGAAGUGGACUGCUGUAUGAGACCUACCUGUGAGUGCGAUAGGAGCCGCUGUUUGUCGCCAACACAGAAGUGCGAACUGGGAUUUGAGAGGGAGAUCCAGAUGUCAAAUAGCACCUGCUGCCCUUCAUACCUCUGUGUACCCAAAGGCGUCUGUGUCUUCAAUGAUACUGAGUACAAGCCUGGUAUGGAUUUCUCCAAAAGCCCAUGUGAAUCAUGCCACUGUAAGCAAACUCAGGAUCCCAGCAGCAAGUUGAACCUCAUUGAGUGUUUUGAAAAGAAGUGUAAGCCAUGGUGUUCACAGGGCUAUGUGUAUGAAAGCCAACCUGGACAAUGUUGUGGAUCAUGUAAAAAGAUAAGCUGUGUUUUGGCGGUCCCAGGCCUCACCUCUCCAAUAAUUAUUAAGCCUUCUGAGUCUUGGUCACCGCCAAAUGACAACUGUACCAAGUAUGAUUGCCAAAAGGUGAAGGAUGAGUUCAUAACCUCUAAAAGACAAACAACAUGUCCUCCAUUUGAUCCAGAGAACUGCGUUCCUGGAACUGAACAAAAUGAUGUCAACGGUUGUUGCAAAACUUGUACUCCUCUUACCAACUGUCAAAUAAACAGGAACACCACCUAUCUGCAGAUAAAGAACUGCAAGUCAGUUGUGCCAGUGGAAAUCACAGCCUGUGCGGGAUCCUGCGGGGCGUCCUCAUCAAUGUACUCUGCGGAGAACAACCGUUUGAUGCAUUCAUGUUCUUGCUGUCAAGAAAUGGCCACCAGUAAGAAGGAGGUGGUGAUGACCUGCGUUGACGGCACAAAGAUAAAACACUCCUACAUUUCAGUUGACAAGUGUGGUUGCCAAGUCGCUGAAUGUAUGGACACGAAAGUCUAAUGUCAAAUGUUUCAAGACGACAUUGAAACUUAAGCUUAAUUGAAGGGAAAAUCUAACUAAUAUACUUUUAUAAACUUUAACAAUUCCUCUUUAAUAAAAACUAUUAGAGGGUCAAGACUCAAUAUGUGAAGACACAAACCUCUGUGUAUUCAGCAGCCGAAAACAAGGGCAAUAAGUUAAACCUUUAAACAGCAGAGAUGUGCUGUGAAACAACCCUGGAAAUUGUCCCUUUGUACUCCUGACAAUAGUCUUCAUCACUUUCUCAUUUAUCGUCAGGGAGCUAGGUCCACAUAGUGCCCCGGGAUGACGGCGCAUAUUUGUGUCCUGGUGUCUCUUUUAGCUUUAGAAGAGGUUGUUCCUUUAUACAAACUAAACAAUGUGGUGUUUUCAGUCUUAGAGGGUGUUUCUCUUACUUUCACUGUAAAUGACUUGAGAGAUAAAAGACACAAGAAUGGCUUCAGAUAUUACAGCACAUUGUAACUAUAUUUUCAAUGUCUUUUUUGCAAUAGGGAUUGUAUUUGUGGUAAAAUGUGAAAGAUUUAAAACAUGGAUUUGAAUUUUAAAUGAUCGUUGGUCAUUAUUUCUAACCGCACCAUCAACAUAAAUUAUUUCACAACCCACUGAAUAUAUAGAUAAAAGAAACUACAAACUACCUUUGUCCAACAUCUGAUGUGUCAAACUUCUGCAAAUCUGAAUGUCUUCAGUGUCAUUAAAACUCUCAUGUUUGCUGACAA